GUUCUUACCCCCCCCAAAAUAGGCCCAUUGAUUAACUACUAUGAAGUGCAUUGGGCUUUCAGAGACCCAGAAUCUUGCUCUGGUGUUGGAAUACGCUCUAUCAAGAGAAGCAAAGAUCUGGAAGGCACCAGUCUUCCAGAACUUCACACUGAAGGGCACCGAUAUUUCUCCACUAUCUUAUAACAAAACGGUUUUGUGGAUUGGAAAGUUAAGCUCACUCUUUCAGUUUUGUUUUCAAACCUUUUCCUUGGCGGUCAGCUUUCUGAACCGGUUGUUGGCAUCGGUAAAGGCACAGUUAAAACAUCUCCGUUGCAUCGCAAUAGCUUGUCUACUUCUAGCAGCAAAAAUCAACGAAGAAGAUGAGAUAAUACCAUCAGUAAAGAAGCUGGCAGCACAGAGUGACUGCAGGUGUUCUCCAGCUGAGAUUUUGAGAAUGGAAAGAAUCAUACUUGAUAAACUUCACUGGGAUCUUUACACAGCAACAUCAAUGGAUUUCUUAAACAUUGUAAGCGUUAAACCUUUUGUUGGUUAAAAGACUAAGCUGACUUUUUUAAACAUUAGUACACAUAUAUUCCAUUCUAGUUAGCAUCACAAAUGAUACAUUCUCAGUUACCUGCAAGUAUUUCAAAGUGUAUUUUUACCACAAAGAUACUGAAUUUCUAUGUGAACACUCUACUUAUUCCAAACACUUAAGUUUGAUUUACGAAUGUAAAUUCCCAUUUUGAAAGGACAACUGAAAUGGAUGUUUAAAAGAGAUACUCAUACUGUCCACUAGAGGUCUUUUUUUUCUUUUGCAUACUGCAAAAAUAUUUCUAACUAUCUGACUCUUAAUACUGUACGUAAAAAACUUUCAAAAUUUUUGCUACAUUUCACAAAUAGGUCAUCUCAGAUCAGCCUUUUUUUUUCACCCUGCAUAAAUGCACUUGACCCUCAUUUUAGUUAAAAUAGAUCAUUCUGAUCUGGCACUUAAGUCAUAUCUUAACUCCUAAACAUUUAUAGAAAGAAAACGUCCUUUUAAGAAGUGACUAUGUGCUAUAGUAAGGCAAAAAAAUCAAGUGAUACAACAGUGUCUUAAUGCUCCUCCUUUACAAUGAACGUAGGGUUUUUCCCUCCCAUCCUGGAGAAUUUUGGAUAAAUGUCCUGUUCUAACCAACCAGGAUGUUAACUUUAUAUUCCUGUAUGAGUGAUUUUUAUCACUCUCAUUUCUUUGUGCUGGCUUGAAUAUUACUAUUUUCUUAUUUAUAAAUAAAGGAGAAUUCGGACUUUCUGAAUUUCCAAUUGCGACAAUGCAAUGAAUUCAGAAUUAGUUACAUUCAGUGAAAGCUUAAACAUCUCAAUAUUU